AUGAAACCUCGUAUUCGUAUAGUUUCUGAAGGCGAUUACAUCCAAAUUCGCGAUCCAAACAGUACAUUUUUGGGUCGUUCGAGUGAAAUCGAAGAAGAGGUCGACGAAAUUUAUGAUGAUAACGAGGAUGUUAGAGAUGAUGACGAUGACGGGGAGGAGGAGGACGACGAAGCAGAUGACAAAGGUGGAGAAUAUGAUUACGAAGAAGAGCCGCCGGUAUGGACGUUUCGAGUACUGUAUUUGGGAUCUUUGUCAUGCUUGUUUCUGUACAUUCUCAACAAAUUCUUCCUUUACCAAACAGCUCAAUACAUUAUGUCGAUGGUGAUAACGGUGUCGAUUUUGUACCCUUUAGGCCACAUUAUGGCCAAAUUGAUGCCCAAAAGGAGGGUAUUCUUGCGAAAUUUGGGAGUGGAGUUUUCUUUAAAUCCUGGUCCUUUUGAUAUCAGAGAAUUUGCUUUAAUUUCCAUUUUUGCCAAUUCUGGCGGUGCUUAUGGCGGUAUUACUUCUCGUUCUUCUUCUUCUUCAGUAGUGCAUGGUAAUAAUUUUGAUUAUCUCCAAUAGUAUAGAUCUUUUCUUCAUCAUUUCUAUUUCUCCCUACCUAUUUUAGUUAAUUUUCCC